GUUAUCAACCACAGGAUUUAAUGACGUCGGCUUUUCUUUCAAUUCUUGCUAACCUUGACUUCCGUUGGUCCCAUCAUUUGUCACUCAAAGCAGGAAAGGGAAGUUCAAGCAGCGAAAGUGGAAACAGUUACCUUUAUGGAAGCAGAUCCGUCAUGAAUAAAGCAAUUGCCUUUCUACUUGUUUGCUCCUUGGCAUUUUAUGGAUGUUCCGUAGAAGCACAAAGAAAUCGUCAAACGAGUGGCGGUGUCAGGGGAGGAACUGGCGGACGGGGAUCCGUAUCAGGAGGACCUAGUGGAAUAAGAUUCCCAACUGAAGAAGAACAAGGUGUAAGAGGUGGCAAUUCAGCGAGAGGAUUCCGUGCUGGUCGAUGGCCAGGUGGAUUUUAUGGAGGAAUUCCAAAUUGAUAACAGUAGGAAGAAUUUAAUCAAAGUUCCUCGCCGCUACGUUUUGACAUACAGUAUGUGACACCGAAAAAUUUCAAGUUACUGUCAUGAAAUGUUUAUGCUUGUUUUAAACUAGUUCUGAAGUUUAAUAAAUUGAUUUUUAAGUUA